AUGCUGAAUCCCUACACGAUGUCAGCGAGUGAAGCAGGCCUGCUAGGAGAUAUCGGAGCUAAGGACCACGAGAACGUUGUUGGCGCUCUUGCCUCCCUCUCUGCUGCUCCUUCACAUGCCCGUCAGAGACGAGGCGCCGCGAGCUCAUCGCCUGCCAAGGCGUCGCACCAGCAUCAGGGGGACGGAAAGGCUCGAGACGAGGUGCUGGAGAGAGCGGCGAAGCUGAAGGAGAGCGCAGAGACUCUGCUCAGUGAUGAGAAGCAGCUGCGCAACAAGGAGAAGUCCAUGGCGAGAGCGGCUCAAGCUGACCUGCUCAAGUACCAGCAUCUCAUAUCCAGCGCCCGUCGCUCCCACGUGGCAAGGAGGCAUCGCGCCACACCGAAGAAGGAGUCCAUGGCCAAGGACAUUGCAAGGAUGGUGAUUCAGGAUCUUGAGCCGAAGAUCGAGAAGGAGGACGCCAAGAUCUCGAACCUGCAGAUGAAGAUGCAAAGUCUGGGACAACAUGUCGACACCACUGCGAAAGCCGCUGAUGCUCCGGACGCCAAGAACAAGUUCCCUCCCGCAUUCCCCGAUCACUGGCACCAUAGUGCGGUGGCCAAGAGAACGACUCUGAAGCAGCCGGCAACCUCGUUCGAUAGGGAGCUCAAGGACUUUCUCCGUCCUUCCAAGGCAGCUGCCCUGGAGCCCCGGGUUCACGGGCACAGGAAGUCCAUGGCAGACUACCUGCUGGUGAAUGCUACCAAGGAAGAGAUCGGGCAGGGAGCUCCGGGGGACGGAGAGGAGACCACGUGGUUCCAUCCCGAGCACAAGGGCAGCCCAUGUUCAGUCUCUGGGAACUGCAACCACAACCUUCCAUUCAAGUUGCAGGAUCAUGAGUACUGGCGGGAGAAGUAUCUGGCCAAGUACCGGGACCAGCCAGAAGGCGAGGAGGGGAAGGGCGAGAAAGUAGGCGAGGAAGCGGAGAAGAGAGCGCUCGGCAACGAAGUCGUCAUGCGCUCACUCGACGACUUCGUCACUCCCAACGACGCGUAUGUGCACAACCUUCUAACCUCAGGAGCCUACGGUGUCGAUCACUUCGGUCAUAUGCCGCCCAAAUCCGAGAAGAACGAGGACUUGAUGUACGGCAGAGGAUUCAAAAAGUACGUGCGAGAUGUCUGGGGCAAGGAGCUGCAAGAACCUGGAAAGGGUGGCAUGAAGGCCAUGUACAGGGACGGUGACUACAACAAGGUUGGAGACGAAGUCAUUGGGGGCGAAGACAAAGAGGUUCCUAUCGGGCUGACUAUGCCGGAAUUCCCGGGCACUGACCAUGAUCACUUUGAUCACUGGAAGUGGGACUCGUCGAUGAACCAGGAACUCUUGAAUGGUGCUUACUGGAGACACCUGAGGAAAGACGGCUUCAUGGACCGGGUGAUGCCUGCUGAUGAGGCUCACCUCAGCAAGAUUGGAGCAUCUCACGACCGCAAGCCACUCACUGACUUUGUGCUGGGAUCUUGGAACCAAGGUUUCGGGUAUGGACCCACCAAGAAAGAUCCGCAGCCUUUCAUUCGGGCGAGGAAGGAAACGCAUGGAGCUGAUCACAUGCAUCGAGUCUUCACGGGCACGCACGAGUCCAUCGAGGAGAGGAAGGGAGUCGUCCGCAACAUGGAGGACGUUGGGGCAAACUUCAAGGGAGGGAAGGUCCAACUGCAUACCAAGGGCAGAGCAUGA